AGGCGGUAAGGUUCUUCCGCUCACAUUUACCAAUCCGGAAAGUUCAGCAGAAACUUCUGGAGAAGGUUUUACAACUCUGAAAAAGAAAUAUGGAUUCUCCGAUCAAUUACGCAAUCGACGAUAAGGACCUAGACGACGCCGCAUUAUGGGCUGUGAUUGAUUCCGCCGCCGCUGCCGCCUCUUCCUCCACCACCACUGUCUCCAAGUACAGUAAACCUCAACCUUACAAUCACUCUCCAAUUAGGCCUUAUCCAAGCUCAAAUCCUUCUCCACAACCUAAGCUCCUCAAAACCGCCAGAAACUUCCACAAUCAUCACCAUAACGGAGAGGUACUAAAUCACCGGCCGCAGAAAAUCUCCAGGUCAAAUAAUAACUGCGUUUCGGAGCUCAGCGAGACGAGUCCGAAUCCGAAUUUGAAUCCGAUGGCGGUAGUUAAGCACGUGCAGCGCGCUCCAGCUGUGAUGAAUUAUUCUUCUCCGGUGAUGAGGAGGUCUCCGGCUCCGGUGAUGGAGUAUGAGCACAGGUAUAACAGUCCAGUUGGUUCGGAUUGUUCGGCCAUGACUACGAUGAGUCAUGGACAGUGUGAGGAUAGAGAUGGUGUCAUUAGGCAUAGCUUGGCUGGUCCAUUUCCAUCCGUUUCUCUGUUCAAGGAGUAUCAAAAUGCAGCGAUGGCGAUUCUGGAGAAAAGUGACUACACUAUGAUUUCUGGACAUCCCUUCAUCAAAAAAACUGGUUGGAGGAAGAUAUCUUUUUACUUCAAUCUAUCAUAUGAAAUUAAAGACAAGACCAUUGAGUUUGAUGAGAACCGUAAUGUCCUGCGUGCUGAAUUUAUAGUUCGGGCGCACAUGCAGGGUGGUAGGUUCUCAGAUGGAUGGGGAUCAUGUGAGCGGCGGGAGAAGAAGUUUCUAAAACCAAAUCAUGACAUUCCCAGCACAGCAGAAACCAGAGCCAAAAAUAAAGCAUGCCAGGACUUGCUUGGAAUUGGAGAAUAUCGGCCUGGUGUGAGCCAGAGUACUAACGGGUAAAUACAGUAAGUAUUCCGAAACGUACUCUAUACUUAAGUCAUUUGCAGUUCCAUUAACCAAGAGGAGAAUUCAUAACCAAAAUUGAGUAUGAGUUAUAUGAAAAGCCAUGGAAUCAAGUACAGAAAGAAGUCGCAUGUACUGUAGUACACUCCCAGUGUGCUUGUAAUAUCUAAAGUCAACCAUGUACUUCCACUUGUAAUAUCUUUAGUAGGCAGCAGCAUGAGCUUCCAAAUUCUAUCGCUAUACUUUUCCAAGUUUGAUAAUAUGAAAAUGACAUUUUUAUUUGGCAUUAUAUACCAUAAAUUGACAGUUAGCUUGUCUUCAUCAGACCCAUAUUUUCUUCACCUUUUGACCCAAAUAGUCACAUUGUUUCUUUAGAGUGGCAAUGUGAGAAUGGGGCAAAAAGGUCCUUAUGGGCUAUGGGACUGCAGUAGAAUAGUUUUUUAAAUCUGACAC